GGAGCUGCCUCAGCCUCUCAGGGCUCUCUCAUCUCGAGAUGAUGAGUGUGCAGUUGUUUGUUGUGCCACAGUAACUUCUCGAGUCCAGCAUGCGAGAGACAGUGUAGGACUGAGGAAAAUUUACAGAGAUUUCAUUAUGUCAUCAUUCAACGUCCUCGCUUCCUUGUCGGGCAAUCGCUUCGAAUGUUCGAUCUGUCUCAACUUCUUCACCGACCCGGUCACCACACCUUGCGGUCACAACUUCUGCAAGACCUGCCUCAGCGAGCACUGGGACCGGAGUGAAUUAUGCCACUGCCCAAUGUGCAAUAAAAGAUUCCAUGUGAGGCCUGAGAUCUCCACAAACCUGGUCAUAGAGGAGAUCUCCGUCCAAAUAAAGAAGAGGAAAGUUGAGGCGCAUGAAAGGGCCGACUUACCGUGGCAGGUGACGUGUGACCUGUGCACAGAAACAAAGUUCAAGGCCCUGAAGUCCUGCCUCGUGUGCCUGACGUCGUACUGCGAAGACCACCUGGAGCCUCACCAACGAGUCCCCUCCCUGGCCCGACACAAGCUGAUCGACCCAGUGGAGAACCUGGAGGAGAGGAUCUGUGGGAAGCACGAGCGCCUCCUGGAGCUUUUCUGCAGGGACGAACAGGUUUGCAUCUGCCUGCUGUGCAGCGAGACCGACCACAAACACCACCAGACGGUGCCCAUUGAAGAGGAAGGGGCUCGACAGAAAGAAAAUAUUGAGUCCACGAUGGCAAAGAUCAAAAUAAUGAUCGAGAACAGAAUGGAAAAGAUAAAAGAAUUUGAAGACGCUUCGGAAAUGAGCAAAAACAAAGCACUGAAAGAGAUCGACGACGGCAACAAGCUCUUCAGUGCCCUGAUGCAUCGUGUACAAGAGGCACAGACCAAACUGAAACUGAACAUCGACGAGAAGCUCAGGAAGUCCCGAGAGAAAGACGAAGUGAUGAUCAACGAGCUGCAGGAGGAAAUCUCCAAACUUCAGCAGAGGCACUGCGAGCUGGAGGAGCUCUCGCAGAGUGACGACCACCUCUACCUCCUGCUGACUUUGCAGGCCCUGAGAACCAUAUCACUUGCCAAGAACUGGUCUCAGAUCGGCGUUUACUCAGACCUGUGUAUACAGUCAGUGAGGAGAGUCAUGACUCAUCUCGUGUCCACUUUUCAAGCAGAACUUGAGACUCUGACAGGAAAGGAGCUGACCAGGAUGAGGCGAUAUAAAGAGUCAGUCACCUUUGACCCAGACACUGCUGGUUCCUGCCUUUUGGUGACUGAUGCAGGGCGACGUUUGAAGUACAACAAAAAUGCAAGUCCCUAUUCACCUGGUCUGUCGGACGACUUCAAGAGGUUCGACGGGCCAAAGAUCUUGGGGACAAACAGCUUCACCUCUGGACGCCACUACUGGGAAGUCAAAGUCGGCCUGAAAAACAACUGGGAUGUCGGUGUUGCCAAAGAAUCAGCAUCCAGAUCAGAGAGUGUGUAUCUGAAAAAAGAAAACGGCUUCUUUGCUUUACAAAAGAGGGGAGCUGAUUAUCAAGUUCAUGCACCACCCUACAAAGUCCUCCACCUCAGCUCUAGGCCAAGACUUCUAGGAGUGUAUCUGGACUACAAUGAGGGCAGAAUCUCUUUCUAUGAUGUGGAUAGGAAGUUACACAUUUUCUCUUUCACAGGAGAGUCUUUCACAGAGCCGAUGUUCCCGUACUUCUAUCUGUUCGGCUGGAUGAAGAAACCGGAGGCUUUGGUCAUCGAAUGGUCAUUAGAAGCGUUGAAACAGUUUGUUGGAAAAUAACCGUCAGCCAACCAAACAAAGCUGCUGUCCAACAGUAUAGAGGCUUUUUAACAGAAACACAAAGGCUAUAAGCAACAGAGAAAUGACCAUUCACCAUGUUCGAUGUAAAAACUAUUCUGACUCUACACGCUGAUUCUCUGAUUGCUCCUCUCUCCAUAUUAUCACAUCUAACGAGCUCUUAGGGUUAAAUUCUCCCAAACCAGAGUGUGUGAUUGUUGGAAUAUUUGAAAGACACACCACGAUGGUUUGGGUGAGUUUUAUCUUGUGUCUAGUGAGAUGGAAUGAAUCUCUCUAUAGGGAUUCUUUCCAUUGGACAAUCGCAACCAAAAGCAACUCAACAAAACGGAACUCCCUCACACUUUGUUUUUCUGUAUUGCUUUUCUGAGAGGACACAGUAAGAAUGGGCCAAUGGAUGAGGCCAUCUCAUCGCACUUACAUUCAAUUACAGAGGUCUGUACCAUCAUAACAUUGUGAUCAUAGAGGACAAAAAGUAGGGUGUCCCCUUGGAGCUGCUGCUAGUCAAUAGAGAAAAACAUAAAUGUAGUUUGUUGCUGAUAAAUGCUCUUAUGUGUAUUGUUUUCCUUCUUUAAACAGUCAGGUCAACCCAAGACAACUGGUGGCAGUAACGUUUAUUUUCUGCUGGCUGCUGUACGUGUUUCUGUCAAUCGUGCCGUUGGUAUUUGCAUUUUCUCAGCUCACUCAGUUGUUCUAACUUUGAUUUGAUUUUCUGAGGCUAAAAACAGCUGACAUCAGACAGCGUUAUAUGCCAGUGUUUGCCCGAAACCCUAGUAUGCAAAACUCACCAGCCUUUACUGGAGUGGCUUGUUACAAUUUCUCACGUGAUCUUGAAGACUUAAGAGUCCACACAACUGCCUAAAAACAAAGAUUUUGGAGCAACAGGUAGAUUUGUUGUUGCGACGGCGGCUUGAAAGGAAAAGCAAUUGAUAAAGCUCAUAAGAGUCAGUUAAGUUCAACUUGCAUUUUGUAAAAUAUCAAAGAUUGAAUCAGUGCUGAACAUCACAGAGGAAUGAAUGGGUUCACUUACUGAUAGAUUUGGUUACAAUAAAGGUAAUUAUUAAACAACAUGACUAAUAACUGCAAAGUACUUUGAAUGAGCAAUGUUAUUUGUGAUGUCCAGCUCUAAUAUGGUAGAUGGCUAUUCUUUUUGACAUAAGCUGUAACCAAUGUGGCUGUAAUGCAGAUAAGGAUUUGCUCCCCAGCCUGGGACUCUGUUGACGUCGUUCCCUGCUCUUCAAGUGUUGUGUUUGUGGUUUUUGGAAAAGACACCACCCACCAAACUCUUGUCCUUUGUACCACUGCCCCUUUCACGCAGCUGCUGUCAUUCAAAUCUAUGCAAAGGGCUCAUUAUCAGGUGAAAGUAUUGUGUAACAACAGUAUAUUAUUAUUUUUGCAACUCUGUCAUGACGUUUGUCUCUAUCGUUUAAAAUAAAAGAGGA